AUGUUCCCCACCGUCCGCAUCAUCUUGGUCCUCUUCCUGGCCUACUUCAACAUUUCGUGGGCUCACCCAGGACACGAUCACCAAGUGGAAGCAGCUGAGCGUUCAGAAUAUCUGAAGCACAACACUCGCUCACUUUCUCACUGUACGGCAAGACUCAAAUCUCGUGGUCAUGAAGCAGCCAGCUUGAAGCGGCGUCAGCAUCUGGCUCACGAACUCCGACGGACUCGUGGUCUUGAUGAUCAUCCUUUUCUCAAAGCCCGCGAUCUCGAUUCUGUGUUGAGCCAAUCUCAUCGCUCAAACGAUACAAGCAUCAACCUGGUCACUCCGCUGCAGGACAUAUUCUCUGACAACUCUUCCUGCAUUCUUCAGCCGGAGGUCACUGAAGGUCCUUUCUAUGUCAGCGGCGAGCUAAUCCGUAGGAACAUCACCAAUGGCGAAGAAGGUGUCCCACUAGCUCUCGACAUGCAAAUCAUUGACGUGACGACUUGCGAGCCGGUAGAUGGUGUGUAUGUCGAUAUCUGGCACUGCAACGCAACUGGUGUCUACAGCGGCAUUAUCGCAGCCGGCAAUGGCGUCUUUUCUGACAAUAACAAUGUCAACAACACGGCAUUUCGAGGGCUUCAAAAGACUGACGACAUGGGUGUUGUACAGUUUGAUACCAUCUUUCCAGGACAUUACGCUGGACGAACCAAUCACAUCCACCUCCUGACUCUUGUUGAGGAUGCUACCACAUUGCUCAAUAACAACACGGUUUCCGGUCUUACAUCUUCCCAUUCAGGCCAGAUGUUCUUCGACCAAAGCUUACAAGCCGAAGUGGAAACCAUCCCACCUUAUACCGCCAAUACCCAAGACCUCACGACGAACGCCGAAGACGCAAUCCUUGCCACUGAGGCUCGUAGUUCAGAUCCGAUGAUGGAAUACGUUCUUCUGGGUGAACGUGUGACUGAUGGCAUUCUGGGUUGGAUCAGCAUCGGCAUCAAUGCCUCGGAAAGCCGCCCAGUGAGUGCAUGGGGUCAAUACGCUCCCUUCGACACUGACACUCAGGGUGUGGUCCCUGUUGUUUCGCGCUCUGGAGCUACGCGUAGAGGUGUGUUUGCAGUCUGA